UCAUUGUCGUCAAAAAUCAGCUGUGUUCUCUCUGUUUCUGUUUGUAGUUAGCUUCACUUUACCCUGCACUGUUCGUGUUCAGUUUCAUAAUAGUCAAUAAUGGAGUGCUAGAGCAGAAGUAGCUCAUAAAUUUUUGCUAAAAUUUAAGCAGUGUUGUAAAGGACUUUGAUGUAUUUUUCUAUUUAUACUUUGCCAAGAUAACAGGACUGAUGAACGACACGGGCAGAUCCGAUUGCGUCAAUAAUUCGUAUUUUGUAAAUUUUAAUCAGGAUAUCUCGUCAUUAGCAAUUGGCAGUAAAUCUGGAUACAGACUAUUCUCUCUCUUGUCAGUUGAUUCUUUAGUACAAAUCUAUGAAAAUGAAACGGAAGACAUCUCUAUUGUGGAAAGAUUGUUCAGUAGUAGCCUUGUCGCAGUUGUGUGUCUAUCAUCUCCACGUAAGUUGAAAGUGUGCCAUUUCAAUAAAGGGACUGAAAUAUGCAACUACUCGUAUUCCAACACUAUCCUCGCUGUCAAGCUCAACAGGGUGAGGCUGGUGGUAUGCCUGGAGGAGUCGCUGUACAUUCACAACAUAAGGGACAUGAAGGUGCUGCACACAAUACGGGACACACCCCCCAACCCCUCUGGCCUGUGCACCCUGUCCAGCAACGGUGACAACUGCUUCCUCGCCUACCCCGGCUCUAACACCAUCGGUGAAGUGCAGAUCUUCGAUGCUAACAAUCUGCAAGCGAAAACAAUGAUAGCGGCGCACGACAGCCCACUGGCCGCUCUGGCCUUCUCGCCGAACGGCUGCCGACUGGCGACCGCCUCGGAGAAGGGAACGGUGAUUAGGGUGUUCAGCGUGGCCGACGGUAGUCGCCUCUUCGAGUUCCGGCGCGGCGUCAAGCGGUGUGUCACCAUUUCGACGCUCGCCUUCUCAACCGACGCCUCCUUCCUGGUAGCCUCAUCCAACACCGAGACUGUCCACAUAUUCAAGCUUGACGAGAACCAGGAUCCCAGCUUGAAUAAGGUGCCGGCGGCGGCGCAGGUGGAUGACUCAUCGCAGUCGUGGAUGGGCUACCUGAGCAAGGCGGUGUCAGCGUCGGCCAACUACCUGCCCUCCCAGGUCACCGACGUCUUCUGCCAGGGCCGCGCCUUCGCCUCCGUCCACCUGCCUGUGUCCGGGCUCAAGACUGUCUGCGCCAUCACCACUGUACAGAAAGUGUUGAGGCUGUUGGUAGCAUCUUCAGAUGGCGUCAUGUAUGUCUAUAACUUCGAUGCAAACGAAGGUGGCUGUGUACUGGUUCAUCAACACAAGAUGUGUACUAAUUGUGGAGCACUGAGGAAGAACGACUCUCAUGUUUGUGAAAAAAAAAAGUUUUGUCCAUUUCAGUCACCAGCCUGCUUAUUGCUCAAAUGUUCAAUCAAAGGGAUAGAACAUCAACACUAUUAAUACGCUUUUAACAAAAAUCAAUUGUGGGAUCAAUUCUAGUGGGAUCGUUCUAUUCUUCUAAAAUCUAAAUGUUAAGAGAGUCUAGUAUAUUUUUAUAGUGUUAACUCAUUACUGUAGUUCGUUAAUUCUAUGUUUUAAGAAACUUUGAUAAAUUUGUCGAUUGGGGUAUACAAACUAUAUUAUUGUUCUCUAGUGCCAUACAUUUUAUAUUAAGUACUUGAUUAUAACCAUGAAACUGCGUUAAAUAUCUGCAAACUAUAAAUAAUUUAUUGAAGACACAUUCUGAAAUAUAUAGGAAAUAUUUAUUUGAAAAUUACUCAGGUAACUAACUAAACAAUGAAUAAUAUUUUGUGAUACAUUGAAAUAGUUUGUGAUUAUUGAAACAUAAUACUUAUUCAACAACGAACAAUAAAUAAAUUAUUUUAGAUCUUGAAAUAAAUGAUUAUUUAAAAGCUUCUAAAUGCUUUUCAACACUUGAAAUAAUCUAAUCUGUCCAGUUAAAACUCCAUAUUCACAAGCACAUAAUCCAACUCUCGAUAAUCGUGUCCAUGAAGCAUGAGUCAGUUCAUUCUUUACUAUAAAAGGAUAAGUAUGCAUCAUAGUCUUGAACCUAUAUUACGGAGAGACGGGUUUUUUGCUUUUAUAUUAUAAGUACAUAUUAUGUUAAAAUAUCGUACAUAAAAAUAACAAUGCAAACUAUGUGCUGAAGAGCUUAUAUCAUAAAUAUUAUAAUUCAUAAAAUUUGCUCAUCCUAUCAAAUUCAAAUUACAAACUCAAGAAUAUUAUUAUAAUUUCUCAUUAUUCAUCUUUAAUUUAUGUCCAUUUCUCUUGUAAUAUUCAGCCAUCAUAUAGCAAGCUCCUUAAUAACUGAAUGUAGGUACAAUACUUUUGAACACAUUCUCUUGCAGUUUGUUGUUUGUAAACAGUGACUUAGUUUUAUUGAAUUUCAUAUGCAAUUCAUUUUUUAAAUGAAUCAGAUCCCUUUUAUAAUCCGAUUAAUUAGCUACUUAUUGUUCAGUAAUCUCACCUAUCAUGUAUCGUUGUAGAUUGAUAAGAUUUUAUUGUAGAAACGAUUGUUGGGAAAAUAAGUAAUUUAUUCUCAUAUAAUUCAUAGGAUGAAACCCAUGUUAAAUUAUUUCAUCAAUUAAAAGACUCUUCAUAUUCCAUCACAAAUACAAUGAUACUACAAAGUUUCAGUGUUCUAUCAAGAAAGAAUCCAAGUAACGUUUCAUAUGAGCAUAUGAGUCCAGUAAAGUAUUGUUCUUAAUUUUAUGUUUCUCAUGAAAAGACUGUUGAUUCUAUGGAUUGCCAAAGUCGUUAUUAUGCUUAUUUUUAUAGUUUUGGAAACAGGUAGUUAGAUUUUGCAAUUCUCUGUAAGUUAUUCAAGUAAAAUAUGUAUUCGUUUAUUAAUUUGUAGAUGUAUCUUCUUGUUUGUAUAAACUCUUUCAUGUUAUAACUCGCAUAUGAAUGAUCACUUGUUCGUGGUUCACUGUUAUUUACUGUUAUAGUUCCUGUUACUCCGUGAUCUCUUCAAUGUUACUAGUAAUUUAUGUUUUGUAUUAAUUAAUAGACGAAUAAUUGAUUGUAUUAAGACUUGAUAUAUUUAAAAAACCAAUAACUUGAUCUCGUUUCAUUCGAUCUCUUGUUUUUGUAAUCUUAUAAUAACUGGAAUUUGAUAAAUUGUGUGUUUGAACGUUCAGUCAAUUAUUAUGUUAAUUUUUAUUAUUUGAAAUAAAUUAUUAAAAACCAA